AUGCUGCUGGCUCUCCAUUCCUUGUUUGUCAUCUCUCUUUUCAAUCCUCAUUUCUGGGAGUGCUCUUGCCAAGCUUCUGAAUUCAACCUUGAUGGGGACUACCUGAUUGGAGGGCUCUUCCCUGUACACUACACACCGGACAUUGCUCAGACAAGAAGACCUGAAGCUGUGAACUGUCUUGAAAAGCCAUUGCAUUUGCGAGGUUAUCAUGGCCUCCAGGUAAUGAGAUUUGCUGUUGAGGAGAUCAACAACUCCACCACCCUCCUGCCUAACGUAACCCUCGGUUACCAGCUCUUUGAUCACUGCUACGACACAAACAACUUCCCUGCCGUCCUCCAGGUCCUGUCCAUUAACAGCUCUGUGACACCGAGGCAGAUGUACACCCACUACCACCCUAAAGUUAUCGCCUUCAUCGGAGCCUUCAGCAGCUCUGAAACUAUCACUCUGGCUCCAAUGUUCAUGAUGGACCUGUUUCCAAUGGUCAGCUACGCAGCCAGCAGCUCCACCCUGAGUGACAAGCUGGUGUAUCCGUCCUUCAUCAGGACCACACCUAGCAACGAAGAUCAGAUGGAACUCAUCAUUCACAUCAUCAAGCAUUACGGUUGGAACUGGGUGGCUUUCAUCGGCUCCAAAUCUGAAUACAGUGAGAAUGGCUUUCAGCUGUUUCUCAAACUGAUUCCCAGCACUGGCAUCUGUUUGGGUUACCAGGAGCUACUUGCUGACACAUCACAGCUAAACACAGUGUUUCACAAGAUAGACAAGCUCAACAUUAAUGUCAUUAUCCUUUUCCUCGAACCACUUUUUGCUGAGGACGUUAUCGCCUCAGCUAUACGACUCAAAUUUCACAAUAAAGUUUGGAUCGCUAGUGAUGCCUGGGCCAUGAACCAAGUGUUGCCCAAACUACGAGACAUACAGACAAUUGGCACCGUCAUUGGCGUGACGCCAACAGUCGCGAAUCUACCUGGCUUUAAUGAGUUCAUUUAUCAGUCGCGACACAGAAGUGAUUCUGUCUACACAGCUGAAGGCUACUGCAAUCAGGUUUGUGAUAACUGUUCCUCCGUCAGCCCAGAGGAAAUCAUCAAUGAAAACCCCACCUACUCCUUCCCCAUUUAUUCAGCUGUGUACACCAUGGCGAUGGCCCUGCACAACGCUCUACAGUGCAACAACUCAGGGUGUGAUAAGAGUCGCACAGUCUACCCCUACAUGCUUCUUCAAGAAAUCAGACACUUGCAGUUCCCCUUGAAUCAGUUCUUCAUAUCUUUUGACAACAAUUUGGAUCCACCAGCACGUUACUCUAUCGUGUUCUGGGACACCAGCGUUCACCCUGCGAAGAUCUGGCCAAUUGGCACAUACAGUAACUAUCCUGUGGUGAACCUGACUAUUUCUAAUACAACUCUUCCCUGGCAUGGCAAUGGAAUGGUGCCGUUCUCCAACUGCUCUUUUGAGUGUCGGCCAGGACAUGUGAGACAGCAGGAUGGUCAGCACAAGUGUUGUUUCUCGUGUGUGCAGUGCUCCACUGACCAGUACGCCAACCACUCAGCUAACAUGUACUCUUGCCUGAGGUGUGACAAGGAGGAGUGGUCCGAGGCGGGAAGCACAUCGUGCCAGAAACGUUCCGUGGAAUACUUCCAGCUCUCCGAUGGCUACGCCAUUGUUCUCAUGGUCUUCGCAUCCUCCCUCAUGGUCCUGUCUCUGGCGGUGGCGGUGCUGUUUGCGAUUCACCGCUCCACACCUGUAGUGCGGUCAGCAGGGGGCAGUAUGUGCUUCCUGAUGCUGGGCUGCUUGUCUGUGUCCCCCAUCGGCGUCUUCUUCUACUUCGGCGAGCCGUCAUCUUUCAGCUGCGUCGCUAGGGACAUGCUGUACGUCUUCUUCUACACCGUUUGCUUGUCCUGCCUGUUUGUUCGCUCCUUCCAGAUCAUCUGCAUCUUCAAGAUGGCCGCGCACUUCCCCAAAGCACAUGCAUUGUGGGUAAAGUACAGUGGUCAGUGGCUGAUGGUGGCUGCCAUCUCUCUCCUCCAGCUCCUGCUCUGUAGUAUCUGGAUGGCCACCAGCCCUCCUGUGCCAAUAGAGGACGUAUCCUUAGUCAAACACCAGAUUGUCCUGAGAUGUGUUGUAAGUUAUAUUACCCCCGUGACACUCACUACUGGAUUCAUGUGGAUCCUCAGUGGCCUCUGUUUCUGUUUCUCCUACAUGGGAACAGACCUGCCCAAGAACUACAACGAGGCCAGAGCCAUCACGUUCAGCAUGCUGCUGUUUUGUCUGAGCUGGGCCAUUUUUUACACGGCGGAAUUUAUGUCCUAUAGCACGUCUGCACAGGUGGUCAAGAUUGUGGUUGAGCUGAGCAGCUUGUAUGGCAUCAUGUUAAGCUACUUCAUCCCAAAGUCCUUCAUCAUUGUCUUUCAGCCUCUGAAGAACACACAGGAGUAUUUCCAAGCUGCGAUUCAGAGUUACACACAAACUAUUAGUAGAAUGUAG